AAAAAAACAUUUAGAUGGCGCCACGUUAAAAGGCGUUUUAUUGGAUUUUAAUUUGAGAACUUUUGGUGAAAAACGCUUUGCCACCGUAUCCGUUUAUCAUUCUGUCGUCAGAUCUCCGCCCCGGUAGGAUAGUAUCAACAAAUAUGUACAGACACACAGACACACACGAAAAUCUCCUACUUGUUGCGUUUGUGAGAAGAAUGUGCAAGAGAAUCGUAAAUAAAAUCGAAAAAAUGCCACCACUCUGUCACCCUGCAGCUUAGGUAGGGAAGAUCUCUAGGACUUUUCGGGUGUUCCUUUUUAUAAGAUAUACAACCACGCUCACCUGGCCCCCUAGGAAACGUUACCUUCCAUUUGUAUCGGUUUUUUUUUUCGACGCCAAGAAUUUUCGCAAGUUCGCUGACCGGCUGAGAAUACACUGAGACUAAGGCAACGAAAGAAUGCAGAUCGCAGAAUGUGACGGACAGAACAAUGCCGUCUGGCUGAGGGCGCAAGCGACCUUCUGCACGCUGUCAAAACUGCACUAUGGAGACAUAAAGUUGGAAAAAUUAUGCACCCCUCAGGCACGGUGCAAAAUGAAGGGUUCAAAUCGAUAAUCAUAAAAUUAUAAUCCGCUCAGUGCGUAUCAAUAUCAAAGUAUCACCACGGGGACAGAAACCGACUGGUGCUACAACUUCAAAACUAUUGCAGAUCCCCCGGCGUGUCGGUCGGUUUGCACCCAUUUGUCCCGUGUCGGAGAGGGUUUUGACAGGUUCCGGUUCGCUGUGCCCAAAGCAGCUUUAAAAUGGGAGAAAGGGAAUUUUGAUUUUGCCGAUAGGUUGUGUAGCAGCGUAGCGGUGGUAGCAACGAUCAGCACGUGCGGUUUUGCAUUUGCUGCGUAUACGAUCUAACCAACACCUGCCCGUGUUUUUCGGAGGGGUGAUCCUUAAAGGAUCACCGAUCUACGCGCACAGGUACGACUGAAUUCCGAUCGGUCAGAUCAAAAAGGAUGCGUUUGAAAGGUGUGUGGUAUAAGGUAGCAGAAAAAAGGGAAAAAACAUGUAAGAAAUAUAUGUUAUUCUAGUAAAAAUUAGACCACUUCACAGGAUGGGACGGUUUGCUUGCAAACAUUAUCCUUGCCGACUAGUGAACUGCACGUCCCAUGCACAAAAUUUGCAACAAAUAAGAAAUGUGAGCCGUUUUUAAAUGAAUCUUCACGCGGCUACACUGGGCACAGGAAAUUGGUCGACCGGUAUUUAAUUUCCGCUUGCGGCACCAGCCCCACAUAUCAACGAUCAGCAAAUAUUGGAAGCCCUUAAUCCCGUCAAGUCAACGCUUUCGUAUCCCUCUGAACCGCCUCCUUAUUAAGAAGCUUCAUUUUGUGAUGGAAAGAACCAAAUUUGGUGUGUGUUUUUUGUUGUUCUUAUAUUCCAAACAUCUUCAGGGUCAAAGUGGAAAGAUCGUACGUGGGAAUGUUCGUCACAACGCGAAUGAAAAAUGCUUCGCCCGAAAAAAAAAAUAAAAAUAUUUUCUACACCGAUAAAGCACGGAAGCUGAUGAAAUCUCAGUCUUCAUUCGCUCGUGGGAAAGCGAAUUAUGAAAUGCUGAAAUUAAAAUUGGAAAAACCAAACAACAGUGCCCGAUCAACCCUUUGACCCUGGACCCUGGAUAUACGGGAGCUUCCCUUGGUUUUUGUGAUGCCUUCGGGGGAUCCAUGAUGACUUCUGCGCAGUGGCAAAACACGGUUACGAACUCGUUGAUUGGUACCGAAGGGACGGCACGCGUUCAGGUUUGAAGGGGUUUUCUUUAUUUUUUGCUUUUGGGAAACAACGCCGAACGCCGAAGGAUGGAAGUAGAAGCAUCCAAACUAAAAACGAGAAAAGAACCGAAAUUCCCUUUCCAACAGUUCGUUUGUACAUCAGUCGGUCGGAGAUUCGUUGAAAGCCGAACUUGCGCUCGAAAAGAACCGAACCGUUGUGGUGCCUUUUUCGGAUACGGCUCGGUAUAAAAAGGCACAGCAGAUUCGUAAAGUCAGAUCAGUUUUAGAAUCGUUCUCGUUCACGACACAGUUUAAAGCAAGGAACGCUACCAACAUGAGUGCAGCAGACGUGUACAGCUUUCAGCAGAGCUUUCCAUCUUACUACGGGCAACAGUUUGCUGGCGGCUCAUCAUCGUUUGACCAGAACCGAUUGGAGAGUUAUUUCAACGGACAGAACUACCAAGUGUCAUCAGACAACAGUGGAGCAUUUUUGGAAACAGCAAACAGUGAUAUUUUUCUGCAACGUCCGGAACUGUUUAGCUCCACUAGUGGCACCAACAGCAGUGACAACGGAAGUCCCUCGUCCGUUUACGAAAAUCCUGAGCUACGUCUACUUCAAAGUCUUACCACCGAUGAGAGCAGUAGCAGUAGCAGUAGUGCCGGUUCGGAAUGUGACAGUCCAGCUGCGUCAGCCGUUCCAACGAAGAUCAAGAUCAAGCGUGGCACUGCCGUACCGAUUGUUGUGAGGAAAAAGCGUCGCCUGGCGGCUAAUGCACGCGAACGGAAGCGCAUGAAGGGUUUGAAUGAGGCGUUUGAUCGUUUGCGUCAGUAUCUGCCCUCGCUGGGAAAUGAUCGUCAGCUAUCGAAACACGAAACACUACAAAUGGCACAAUCAUACAUCAGUGCACUAGCGGAGCUGUUAGAUUAGUACAGGUGGCAGCAGUACCCGGAAUCCUUGUGUGUGUGGAUGACUGAAGGAUGCAAUAGUUAAUUUAUUUGUUUUUAUUUAUGAUACACUAUGUUAAAAAAUGUACAUAUCAAAGGUUCUGUUAAUGCUAAAUAGAAGAUCGAUAAAUUUAAAAAUGUGUGUUGUAGUUGGACGAUUUUUGAACUAUCAUGAAAGAAAGAAAAGUUUUGAUUUAUUAGUAUUUGAUUUAUUUUC